AUAUACAUACCUAUCAUCAAAAAUAAAAUAGUUUGUAGGUUGUGUGUUUCAGUGCUUGUGAUGUGUACACAGUCCAGCUGCCAAGACGAGUUCUGAAUAUUAAAAUUAAUCGUCUUUAAUCAGAAUAUUUUAGACGGCCGAAUCCGUCGAAAUUGAUAUUGAAUCACUGUUAAACUUUUCGCCGCCGCAUCGUCACGUGAAUUUUGCACCGUGAACGAUUACUAAAAUAUUGUGAGUAGAAAGAUUUCCAGAACAGUAUCCGUUAAAAUUUGUUCAAAAUAUUAUAAAUCGGUCAUAGGAAUCGCAGUCGCAUCUCGCAUGCCUCAAUAUCAGAAAUGUCGUUGUUUUGCAAUACCUGCACGUUUGGGACUUUAAAUAUCGCGUGACAUUAUUACCGACUUCAUUUCUGCGAAGUAUAAAAUAAAUUAAAAUCAAGAGGGACAAAUACAACAGUGUAUUGUAUACUAUGUGGUUCGAAUCGUCGUACAGUGGCGUAAUGGAAAAACAACCACUACUCUCGUCGAAAAAAACUUCAAUUCGGCGUUCGCUAUUGGCGAGUUUUCUCGCUUCCAUGAUGUCAUUUGCUUCGGGAACCGUGGUUGGUGGUUGGACGACCCCGAAACAUCCCGAAACCGUCGGCGAUAAAAUGUUCAUGAUGGAAACCACGAACCAGUCGUCGUGGAUCGUGUCCAUAUAUGUGAUCGGCGCCUUUGUGGGUGCGCUCCCGGCCGGCGGGUUAUCGCGGACCUUCGGACGCAAGAAGUUUCUUCUGUCGCUCGCGAUUCCUAUGACGGUUGGAUGGCUGUUAAUCGCGUUCUUCGUGAAUAGCGUGAAUUUUAUUCUAGCCGGACGUUUCCUGUGCGGGCUGUCGCUAGGCGCCGUCACGGUGGCGGUGCCGCUUUACAACUUCGACGUGGCGCCGGACGUGUGCCGCGGCCGCGGUGGCGUGUUCCUCGACUUCAUGCUGUGCGUGGGCAUCCUGUACUCGUACGUGGCCAGUACCUUGCUGAACCUGCCCACGUUCGCGUUCACUUGCGCCGUCUUUCCGGUGGUGUUCUGCACAAUUUUCUGGCGCAUGCCCGAAUCGCCAUUGUACCUGUACAGCCGAGGGCGCUACGUGGACACCAGAUCAGCUCUCAUAUGGCUGUACGGUGAGGACUUCGACGUUACUACGGCGUUUGAUGAGUUCGCGAAACUGCAAACCGAAGACGACGCACUUCCUAUCGAGAAGCACUUGCAACCCGCUGGAAGAGAUCGAGCUUUCGUGAAGGCAAUCGUCCUGUCGUUGGCUUUGGCUACUGUGCAAAGGAUGUCAGGUGCCGGAGCCAUUAUACAGUAUACGACUAAACUUUUCAGCAUAUCUGGGUCAUCAGUGGCACCCAGCACAGCAUCAAUAAUAACCGGCAUUUUCCAGCUGAUCGGUUCGGGCCUCACCAUUUUUCUCAUCGACAUAAUCGGCCGUCGAAGACUUCUUCUUAUCUCGUCCUCAGUUGUGGUGACGUGCUUGGCCUUGUUGACAAUGUACUUCUAUUUUUUGAAUAAUGGUAUGUUGGAUGACUCGUUGAAAAUACUACCGAUAAUCAUAGUCUGUACGUUCAUCUCGUUCUUCAGGCUCGGAUUAGGACCGAUACCAUGGUUCAUCACCACCGAGCUGAUCGGAGCCGAUCACUCUAAUCGCGCACAGUCUUGCAUUGUCUCGUACUCAUGGAUAUUGUCAUUCAUAGUGAUGAAGACAUUUUUAACAUUGGUUGACGAAUGGCCCGUGGCUUUGUGGUUGGGCUACACAAUCAUAUCGGUUUUCGGAUAUCUAUUUAUAUUGUUUUUUAUACCCGAGACCAACAACAAGAAUGCUGAAGAAAUCCGUCUUUCACUAGCAAAAACCGUUCAAAUUAAUUCAUCCUGAUUAUUUUCUAUAAAUUUAAAUUAAAAACCUAAAUUUAAUUUAAUAUUUAUGUAUGAAUUU